AUGAUUCCAUCACAGGCCCAAAGUCCACCACAAUUGCGGCUGUCUGCAAUGGCCUUGAACAGCUCGCCAUCUGCGCAGCUGGCUGCGAUGGCCCUAAACAGUCCGCCCAUUCAGAAGGCUCCAGGUGAUGCUACCAAGGUUUCCACUUCCUGUCCCUCUUUGUUUAACGAGACCUCCCCUCCCGGGACUCCUCGCUUGGCUGAAAGUCCUUCCCCAACCCCGAGCCUUCCUAACACGCCUUCCCCGCUCGACAAGCGCCUAUCUGACAGUUUGAAUCACCCUCCUUUGCGGACUCGUCGUGAUGAUGCGCGGUCUGAUCAAACCUCUAGCGAGAUCCUGUACUUGGCACGGGAGCUAUCGCUCCCAUAUGAAGCCUGGGAAACGGUCUUCUACGCUACGCUUACUCAUUUCUCAUAUGAGGAAUGUGACUUCAUUUAUGGGGAUUUCUACGAACACCCGGCGACCAAAAAGACACUUUCGAAUUUGAGACUGGUGAAUCGAAUCUGGAACCGAAUUGCAACUCCUCUCCUUUUUCGAAAUAUCCAGGCUGUCGUCGGAUACUCUGCUGGUCGACCUCUUGAUAGCAUCCUGAAGAUCUCGGAAAGCCCACACGCCGUUUACGUCCGCGACGUGCGCUUUGGCUUUGUGGGAUCAUGGCUGCCUGGACUGGAUUAUGAUCGGUACAUCGACGACCUAGCAGCAGGAGCUCUUCCGAUCCUGAUCAGUCGUUUCCAAAAUAUUCAAACAUUGCGAUUGCAAACUCCCACUGUGGUAGACACAUUCAGUGAAGAAGGACAACUUAAGCCUCCGAUGCUUGCCAAGCUGACAAAUUCUCUUGUCCAUACUUUACGCUUUGUGCCCGUCCCGAGACUGAGAUGUCUCCAUAUGUCUAUGCCAACCACCGCAGAAUUUGCUCGUUUCUUUGAGUCAAACAGUUACGCCAGAAACUUCACAAACGUCUUCGCACAAAUCGAAGAGCUACACAUCACCAUAAAUGACAGCACUGGCCCUGAUGGCAGACGAGACCCGAAAUGGCCCCGCUCAGUGAUCAAGGCCAAGUAUCCACUCGAUCGAUUUGCUCCGUAUCUCGUCCAGCUCAUCUCUUACGCAGAGCAGAUCCAGGUCUUGAGCCUGGAUGCUCGUACUUGGUUUGAUGUGUCUGAUCUGGAAGCAGAAGGCCUUACUAGGCUGAAAAGCUUCCGGCUGGAAGGUGUGAGAAUCAAAGAUGAAACUCUCAGGAGGAUUUUCAUACUGGCUCGCAAUACACUGCUUCGCAUUGAAUUGGUCCACGUUCGGCUCAUGACUGGUACCUGGGAGGAUGUUUUCAUUCAUCAAGCACUUCCUCCCUGGAAGCUUGAUUGGCUUCGUGUUGAUGGAUGUGGCUAUUCAAUGACGGGCACCAGCGCUCAUUUGGUCAGUUAUUCCUUCUCGCACUAUCCGACUGCGUUCUGGACCCUCCAUGGCCGGGACUGGUUGGCUCUCACGCACUGGAGAUCGGUGGUGAAUACAAACCGUCAUAAUAAGGGACUGCCUAGAUGUCCGCAUUGCUUUUUCCCGUCGAUUACCCCCGUUCAUAAUCCCUAA